GCUUGGACAUUUAUUGUUGUUGCGAUGAUUAUUUGGGGUUAGGCGGGGAUCGUGCGUGUACUGCGUGGAUGUUUGUCUGUUUGGCGUCACGGGGAAAGGAGCGCGCACAGCAGCGCAGCGGCGGCUUCGCUCUGCACUGAAAAACCGUGCAACUGGGGCAUGCGUUCACUUUACACAGCGGACCAACAAGCUGGUGGAGACCGUGGCGGAUUCACGGGAAUACCGCGACGUGUCGCUUUUCUGUAAUAAACACCGGAUUACUGGAGGUGGGUUCGGGGAAGAUUUGGGGUGUUUAGCGAUAAGGAAACGUAGAAAUCACAGAUGUGAAAAGGUGCGCUUUACCUCGGGCUUUCCCCCCCUCUUUUCUUUCUUCCUCUUCCACCUUUGAUAAUCUGAUUUUCGUCCGGAUCCAGUGAAAAUGCAGCCUGUACCUGACAGAUGUGUGGCACCACAGCUGCAGCCUACAGAUCUGCUGUGGUUGGCUGUGGAGGACUGAGAUUGCUAAAGCUGCAAAUCACAUCAUCAGCAUCAUCAGCAUCAACAUCUGCCACUUCAAACGCAACAAGACACAGGAGGACGCAGGCUGCUUUUUGCAUGAUCAAAGACGGAGAAGUCAGAAAGUACCUGUAGACGAUGACUCCAGCGGAGCUGUUUGCUUGAAAGCAGCAUGAGAUAACUGGGGGCUGCCACGCUAAUCGCUGAUUCAAGCUUUUUUCCGUUUGGCAAUGAUGAAAAAGCCCCUCUUUGUCAGCUGACUGACAGGGUCGCAGUGGUGCUCUAGCACAGGACGUUGCCAGCAGCCGAAGCGCAGACACCACAGAGGAGAUGGCUCGUCCAGGAUCCGGGUUGCUGGUGCCCGUAAAUGGGCUGGGGUACCCCCCUCAGAACCUCGCCAGGGUGGUGGUCUGGGAAUGGCUGAACGAACAUGGACGCUGGAGGCCCUACACCGCAGCAGUUUGCCACCAUAUAGAAAACGUGCUGAAGGGGGAUGCCCGGGGAAGUGUAGUUCUAGGACAGGUGGAUGCUCAGCUCUCUCCUUACAUCAUCGACCUGCAGUCCAUGCACCAGUUUCGACAAGACACAGGCACCAUGAGACCAGUCCAGAGGAACUUCUAUGAUCCGUCAUCUGCCCCAGGGAAAGGUGUGGUGUGGGAGUGGGAGAACGAUAACGGCUCAUGGACGCCGUACGACAUGGAGAUCUGCGUGACCAUCCAGAACGCCUAUGAGAAGCAGCAUCCCUGGCUGGACCUGACCUCUCUGGGCUUCUGCUACCUCAUCGACUUCAACAGCAUGUCUCAGACCAACAGGCAGAGCCAGAGAAAGAGACGCCUGCGGAGGCGCAUGGACCUGGCCUACCCGCUCAUCAUGGGCUCCAUCCCCAAGUCCCAGUCUUGGCCUGUGGGCGCCAGCUCUGGCCAGCCCUGCUCCUGCCAGCAGUGCAUCCUGGUUAACAGUACAAGAGCUGCCUCUAAUGCCAUCCUGGCCUCCCAGAGACGUAAACCCCACGGGGGGACGGCGGGCAACGCAGGCACUGCAGGGACCCAUACCGUAGUGCGGCAGAGCAAUACCUUCGCCGGUACUUCAUUUUGGUCUCAAACAUCCAGCUCCACCGGCACAAACAACAAUAACAUUAGCCUGGGAGGUGGACAAGCUAAAGCUGAACAGGUGCAGUUGCCACUGUCCGCUGCCAACUUCCCCUGUUCCCCCGUGAUGCCAUCUCUUUCAUCUGCCCAUGGCCACCACACUCUCACCAUUAACGGACAGAACAAUCUGAACCGUCCGGGCACCCAGCGCAUUUCCGUGGGGACUGCCAGAGGAGCCAUCCCAGCAGGGGUUCCUGCACUCCCAGUUAAAAACUUGACUGGUUCUGGACCAGUGCACCCAGCCUUAGCAGGUAUGACAGGUAUCCUGAUGUGCGCUGCAGGUCUGCCCGUUUGCCUGACUCGAGCACCAAAACCUAUACUGCACCCACCCCCCAUCAACAAGAGCGACAUGAAACCUGUGCCAGGAAUCAACGGCAUGCGCCGCAAAACCAAGAAAAAGCACCUAAGAAGAGGGAAAAACCCAGAAGAUGUGGUGCGACGAUACACUGAGAAGAUUAAAGUGGUGCCAGAUGAGGACUGUACCAUCUGCAUGGAGAGGCUGGUCAUGUCAUCCGGCUAUGAAGGCGUCCUGCAGCACAAAGGCAUCAAGCCAGAGCUGGUGGGCAAACUUGGCAAGUGUGGGCACAUGUACCAUCUGCUAUGCCUGGUGGCCAUGUACAACAAUGGCAAUAAGGAUGGCAGUCUUCAGUGCCCAACGUGCAAAACCAUCUAUGGGGAGAAAACAGGCACGCAGCCCCCCGGGAAGAUGGAGUACCACGUCAUACCACACUGCUUGCCAGGCUAUCCAGACUCAAAGACCAUCCGCAUUGUCUACGAUAUUCCUGCCGGGAUCCAGACCAAUGAGCACCCCAACCCUGGGAAGAAGUUCAGUGCCAGAGGGUUCCCUCGACACUGCUACCUCCCCGACAGUGAGAAAGGCAGGAAGGUCUUGAAGCUGCUGAUCAUGGCCUGGGACCGACGCCUCAUCUUCACCAUUGGCACAUCCAGCACCACGGGCGAAUCGGACACCGUGGUGUGGAACGAGAUUCAUCACAAGACAGAAUUUGGCUCUAACCUGACCGGUCACGGCUACCCCGACCCCAACUACUUGGACAACGUCUUGGCAGAGCUGUCGGCCCAGGGGAUUGGCGAGGACAAUCUAAAGGACUGAUGGCCAGCAGAACUGGUACACUGAAACAAAACCCCCCAUGCCCCGCCAUCUCCCAGAGAGCGGGGACACUGCACGACGGGCAACAUGCGGCCGACAACACUUUACUCCCCACAAACAAAAAUAUCCUGCAGAAAGGGUGGCUUUUGGUUUGUGUAACCCAGGCAAUCUCCCUCCCCCUGCUGUCUCUAGAUCCAUGCCUUGAGCAAGUUUUGUCUGUUGGCAAAGUCUCUCAAAGUGUAAAUGAUGCAAAGAGAUUCUUGUCUGAAUGUUGGGACCUUGAGGUGAAAGGUAUUUAUCCCUUUUUCAAGUCAAACUGAUGCUGUUCUUUGGCACUCAAAGAAAAAUGACAAGGGGCUAAUAACUGUACACAGGCACAUCUGUAAAACGCUGAACUCCAGAAUGCAUGGCCCCGACUAACAUAAUGAAAGUCAGGCAAACACACGCGACAGGGUGAGCUGUCAGCGGAUCAGCUGUUGCUUGGUAUUAUGAAGAUUUAAGAAAAUCGCAAAGAAAUCCAAAUUAACUAUUUCCCUCCCCCCAAGUUUACUUUUUUAGUGAAUUCAUUACAAACGUUGGUUGUGCAUUUUUGAAAAAUCAGGUCAUGGCUCCGGAGUGAUGUCAUUUAUGGUUAAUCUGAUAUUUUCCACUUCUGAUAGGUCAGUGUAUUUUAUUUUCUACGUACGGAAGUAUGUUCUGUAGUGCAUGAAGUAGAUUCCAGAGAGCUUAAGAUUUAGAAGAUUAUUGGUGUUUGGUAACAAUUGUGUGUUGUAUGGUUAACCUUGUGGACAUUCUGUGAGAGGAGACAUAAAAUAAGAUGAAACAAGCUCUGCUCCAAGGUUUAACUCAUUUGUUUAGUUGACACACUGAUGACGAUGACCUCUGUGAAUAAAAAGGCUGCAUUAUUAUUAUUCCUGUUGGAGCGAACCCAGGCGCUGGCACAAUCCAUCAUGCUGACCGUACACAAGGGAUGAGCGUGCAAUCGUGUGCUCGGAGGCAUUAAUAAGCUGGCUUUAAGUCCUUGAGGACAGAAGCUGAACACACAGAUGGACGUUCCUCUGUCUUUCAAACACCAACAGCUUUCCCUUAGAGAUCCAUUUUCGGGGGAGCUCCUCCGCUCGCCUGCAGUCUCUUGUGAGCUUGUUUGCCGUUUGUUGGCGUUGUACUUGGCUCAAGUGCCCGCACAGUGAGCAGCUGAGCCUCGGAAACGAGCAGCAUCUCGUCGCCUUCGUGAGCUCACUUUGGAGUCUUUGGGGCGCUUCCCGAUGUAUCUGUUCACCCCCGCUUUCCGCCUCCUCCUCAGCUGUGGAGCACUCGUUCUACAAACCAUGCAAAUGUUGGUCGAGUGUGUUGUUGGCUGGGGACUAUUUUUUCCUACGCCCCCCCCCCCUUCCCCCCCUCCCCCUUUAGACUUAGUGCCCGCGAGAUAAAGACUUUUCGAAGGUCCUCGGUGGAGAUCUUGUGAUGUUUAUUUACUCUGCGAUAAAUUAUAACCCAGAGCUGCAUAAUUCUCCAUAAAUAUGUCUGAUCAAUUUUAAUGAGCGGGAGCGUUGGUGUCAGGUUUAUUAAGGGGUCACCCAGCAGCGGGCUUGAUUUUGGGGUUAAUCAUAGUCUUCCAUAGCACUUUGAGGCAACAUUUUUGUUGAUUAAGUCAUUUGGUUUUUAGAAAAAUGUCUUAAAUUGCAACUUAAUCUUUUUUUAAGUUGAUGUUUAUAAACUGGCUUGCGAUGCUUUAACUAUAUAUAUAUGAAUAUAUAAAAUAUAUUUGCAGAUGUGAUAUACCUUUAAAUUUAAACUCAAUUUGAGUCAAUGGUGUAAGUUUAAUUUAUUUUUAUACUCUUCUAUAUAGAAAAUAUACAGAUUGUCCCACAUAUCUGUACACAGGCACAUGAACAUGAGUCACAUAAAAUCUGGCAAAAAAAUUUGUCAGGAUGUCAGGGACUGAAACAUGUAUGACUUGUUAUGGACGUCUUAUAUUGCAAGUAGUCUUAGCGUAUUCUGCUGUCAUGACCUUAAUGUAGACCUUGUGUAGUUGAUCCCCGUGGGACACAAAUAAAUACAGUAAAUGUGUCUUUAUUAUUGCUGGGGCAGCUUUAGCGGCAUGAAGAUGGCCCAUGUUGGCCUUUUUUUUACGUUCCGUGGGAACAGAUGUUGUCAGCCAUUUUUUGUUAAAGCUGAAGGUGAAAACAGCCUGGGUUCAAGAUCCAAUCACAAAAUAUUCUUAAGAGUUUGUUUAAGCAGGUGAGGUUUCUCUUAGUUAGGCGUGAGUCACAAACACAAGAAUACACAGAGUUUGUCACUUUAAAUUCUUCCCCUCCCUCCUGCAGUGCCAUGUCAGUACUAGUUCAGAACUAGUUUUGCAUUAUAUACUGUUGCGCGGCAGAAAAAGAGGAAAUCACAGCCGACAGGAUCUGCGGGCUACAUCUGCAAAUCAUCCGUGAAUUUCUUGCUGUGGAGCCUCCCGUUGCCACUGACAGCUAUUUUGUUGUGGCGAGGCAGUGCCUGAUUUUUGCCUCCAGUACCAGUCCCAUUUUAUUAUGAGAGAAACAUGAAAAAGCUUUCUGCAUCAAGCGCUAGCACCACAUCAGUGGAAAAGUGCUACUUCUAACUCUCGCAUCAAAGCACAGCAGUGUGGAAAUAUACAUUUAAAUGUCAGUGAUGCCUCAGUCGCAGCCACUGUGUUGGUAAAGAGAAUUUGCACAUGCAUAUGCAUACCCAGUGUGUUUGUCAGGACUCCAUUUACAUCUGCAAUUAAAAUAAUCACAGCUGUUUGGUUUGCAACUGCAGUCUAAGCCAGAUACAUGGAUUAAUUAUAAAACUCUUUUCAUACAAAUGAUUUGAUCUCAUAUAGAUAUUAGGAAAGAUAUUUAAGGUUAAAUUAAAUAUAAUUUAAUAUGCACUGCUCAAAAAAAUUAAAGUAAGACUGAAAACACAUCAGAUAUCAACGGCAAAAAAGUUAUGCUGGAUGUUUACACUGAUAUGGACUCCAUAAUGUGUUAGGAAUGAAAGGAUGCCACAUCAUUUGAGGGAAAUUAAAAAUAGUACUCAGGACCCAGUGCACCAGCGUAGGGUCUGACAGUGGGUCCAAGGGAUUUCACGCUGAUACCUGAUGGCAGUCAGGGUGUUGUUGCCUGACCUGUAGAAGUCAGUGCGUCCCUCAGAUCAUCACUGACACAACACCAAACUGAUGAUGCUAAACAGUGUUACAGACACCAUGGACCUGCCAGUUCUGGCAUUCUAUGGCAAAUGCCAUUUGGGCUCCAAAGUGUUGGGCAGUGAGAAUAGGCGAGCAGAUACGGGUCCUGUUCAUGGGUUAAGGACCUUCAAGACCAUGUCCGACUCUCCUAGAGUAACUUCUGGACUCCUGAGCCAGUGAUGGGAGACACAGCAAACCUUCUGGCAGUAGCACAUAUUGAUGCACAACCUCAGAGGAGCUGGACUACCUGUGCAACCUCUGCAGGUUAAUGUAACCCCUAAUGGAAAAGUAGUGAAAAAAAACUGUCAGAAAAGAUGAUGAGGGAAAAUGUUUAUCUGUAAAAGUAUUGCUUUUUUGUCUCAUUAUUGCCCCUCUAGUGCCGCUGUUAUUAAUUUCAUUGACACCAAAAAGGUGAAACGUGGUUAAAAAUAACGACCGCUGCUGCAUAACUGAUCGGAUCAAUAUCCCAGAAGUUUAUCUGACUUGAUUCUGUACUCUGAAAAGUGUUCCUUUAACUUUUUUUGAGCAGUAUAUUUAAGACAGAUUACUGACCGGCUUCAUAAUUCAGUCUCAAUGAAACUUCUACUCAAAUUUUUUUCUUGAAAAAUCUUAAUAAAUAUCGCCACACAUUACUAAAAUUGCAUAUGCAUCCAUGGACUACCCAAAGUUUCAUCUACAUAUAGCAUACACCAUGAGCCUAUUUCAGCUGGCCACAUCCCUGCUGCAGUGUGGCAAUGCUGAAGACACAAAGUGGUGUGAGCUGUUUAUCCCAAACUUAUGAAUAUAUUUUAAUAUCUUUUGUUAUUCUGUUAAAGUCCACUUUCACUAGAUGAGUAGUGGAGCCUGUGUUGUCUGUGAGCUAGCGUCUCCAUUUUUCAAAAAGGACACUUUUGUGGCUCUUGCUUCUCAGGCACGAAUUUUCUUGAAUGCAGCUGUUGUUAACCUUCAAAGAGAGCUCUUCUUCGCCCAGGAGCAACAAACAAAAGAUUUAAAAUCUAUCCAAGGUCACAACAAUCACUGUAAUCGCUUUUUUUAAAAAGGGUUAAGGCAUUAAAAUACCACUGGGUUGUGUGCAUACAACAGGAUGCCAACAGAAACUGCUGGAUUACUUUAAAACAAGGUUUCAUUAUGCAUGUGAAUCAGCCUGCUGAAAACUGCUCCCGUGUAAAACAAGCUGUCAUUGUGUAGCUUUUAGCUACAGUAAGCUCUUAAAACCCAAAGAAUGGCAGAUGCUACAACUCGCUUGUGAUCACUGUGGAGCAUUUAGCAGCUAAAGUGCUCGGACUUUUCAUUCAUCAGGUGGACAGGAUCAUGACUCUAAAUGAAUCGUGAGCGAAUCACUGUCCUUAAGACCAAAUAAGCCAGUUGUUGCAGAUUUAAGUAUUAAUAUCUGUUUAAAUACUUUAAACCUGUAUAUUUGUUUUCAGGCUGUUUUAGCCACAGCUCUGUGUUUGUGGUAUGGUAUAUGGUAAACAAACUAUUAAGAGUAUUUCUGAGUGAUUUUUGACCCAGGCGCUGAAAACAUUCACAUUUUUGGCCUACGUCAACUUUUCUCCUUCGCACAUUUGUGACACCCUUUAUACAAUGGGACAGCAAAAGAGAAUGCUACCGAUCUAUCAGGGAACUUUUCCAUGUGAAGUGAAAUUUCGUUCACUAGAGAAAUCCAAAUGUUCGCUUCUUCAGCUUUUUCCUUUUCCACGUGUCGGUCUUGUAGUGUGAACGACGCCCGGCCCUUUAGACUUUUCAGGUGUGUACAGAUCUAUGUGGGAAUGAUGUAUAAAUCAAGGUUUUGGUAUUUGUCCGGUUAAACAAGAAGGAGGUGGUUUUUAUGCAAUUUACUAUUUUUAAAACCUAAUACAUGAUUUACGUGUAGCAAGAAGAAGGUUGAUUGUUUUUGGUUCAAAAUGACAAUGGAUGUUUUCUUUAUGGGGCGCCUACCUCUGCGUUUCUAAACAGAGAGGUUGCAAUCCAAGGAUGUUCACAUGCUAUGUAUAAAAAAAACAUAUAUUUUUGAUGUCUUUUUUUUUCAAUGAUUGUCUCUAAAAAGAACUAUUAUGUAACAUUUGCUGUAUUGCUCUUCAUCCCAUGCUAUUCCAUUAGAGGUUAGAGGUGGGAUCGGGGAUGAAGUUACUUUGUCCUAACGUAUGAAGUAUAUAUGAAGUUGUACUCUCGUAGUGUCUACUGCAAACUGUACUUCUCUAUCUAAGUGAUACUUUACCAUUUUUCUGUGGCUAUGCUGUACGUUUGUAUCCGUCCGUGUGAGCGUGUGUGAAAGUGGGAGUCUCGUAGACAAAGCUUAGGUUCAUGUCCUUUAAAGAUGCCGUAACGUUUCUUAGAGGUGCAUGUUAACCAAACAGUGAGCAAGCGUAUUGAUAGUGCAGAGUUUUUCUUGUUUUUUGCAUAUGAAAACAUGUUAGCUUCUCUAGAAACCCCACCCUGGUUUUCUGGUGGUUAGCACUGUGGUUCUGAAAGUUAUUCCUAUUAGUUAGGGAUUUUCCCUUUUUAUCUUUUAUCCCCCCCCCC